UGCAACUCUGCAGCAUGUUUGCUCAUGAAUGAGAGCCCAAAAAGCCUGAAGAGGCAGAGGGAAAAUGCGACACGAAGAAUAAACAGGAAACAACCCAGGAGAAGAAAGAGUCAAACUAAUGGAAACCAUUGACAAAUAACACACAGGAGAGGGAGAGAGGAAAAGAAGAGGGGGUGCUUAAGAAGGGCGAGAAUAUGCUAAAAGAAGAGGAGGACAAAACGGCCCUGAAAAGAGAGUGAGGGCAAAAUUGAAUUGUAGAUUGAGGGAGUCUCUCUCCUCCCUCUCUCCCUCCCUCUUUUAUUUAUCUCAUGUGAAGCCACGCCUCCCUCUUUUCACUUGUCAGUGCAUCCAUAACAGUGAGCUGUCUCCACCGGGCUGCGUGGGGGGUGAGACUCGCUCCUCACUUUUGCCGGCGCAAGCCGACUGGAUCCGAGCAGAGCAGGACGGGAGUGGACGGCGCGUAGGCUGGCCAAACAGAACUUGGCAGUCUGAGGCUGAUUUCUGUGGGAGAGGAGAACAUCUAAAGGAGCUUGUUUAGAAAAGAAGGCUGCAGAGAGAUCUGUCGACUCCCCGUGUGGUGAAUGAAGGACUGAGGUGGCACUGUAAGCUGAAAAGAUGGCAGGGCGACGACACCCUGCCGUUCCCCCUCUUCUUCUCGUACUUGUCUUGGUGGGAGUCAUUUCUGAGGCACAGGGCUCCGGCUACCUGUCUGGGUUUCGCCUCAGGUCUCGUUUGCAAAGGGACCGCCAGAUGAGAAACGUCCGGCCCAACAUCAUUCUUAUUCUCACAGAUGAUCAGGACAUAGAACUGGGCUCAAUGCAGUCCAUGAACAAAACUCGCCACAUCAUGGAGAAGGGAGGCACUCAUUUCUCAAACGCUUUCUCCACCACCCCCAUGUGCUGCCCGUCCCGCUCCUCCAUCCUGACGGGGAAGUACGUGCACAACCACCACACUUACACCAACAACGAGAACUGCUCCUCGCCUUCGUGGCAGGCGCACCACGAGCCGCACACGUUCGCCGUGCACCUCAACAACUCCGGCUACAGAACGGCGUUCUUCGGAAAGUAUCUGAACGAGUACAAUGGCUCCUAUGUGCCACCUGGCUGGAAGGAAUGGGUGGCGCUGGUGAAAAACUCCCGCUUCUACAACUACACCCUUUGCAGAAAUGGAGUACGGGAGAAACACAGCAGCGACUACCCAAAGGACUACCUGACGGACAUCAUCACCAACAACAGCAUCAACUACUUCCGGAUGUCCAAGAGGAUUUACCCUCACCGGCCCGUCCUGAUGGUCCUGAGCCAUGUAGCUCCACACGGCCCAGAGGACUCUGCCCCGCAGUACAGCGCUGCCUUUCCCAACGCCUCUCAGCACAUAACGCCGAGCUACAACUACGCUCCCAACCCAGACAAGCACUGGAUCCUCCGCUACACUGGCCCAAUGAAGCCUGUCCACAUGCAGUUCACCAACAUGCUCCAGCGCAGGAGGAUGCAGACGCUGCUGUCCGUGGACGAUAGCGUGCAAAAGGUGUACAACAUGCUGGUGGAGACGGGAGAACUGGACAACACCUACCUCAUUUACACCUCAGAUCACGGCUAUCAUAUCGGCCAGUUUGGACUGGUAAAGGGCAAAUCAAUGCCCUACGAGUUCGAUAUCCGCGUGCCGUUCUACGUACGGGGGCCUAAUGUGGAGCAAGGCGCUACAAAUCCUCACAUCGUGUUGAACGUUGACCUGGCACCGACUAUGCUGGAGAUGGCAGGUGUCGAUAUUCCUGCCGAAAUGGAUGGCAAGUCCAUCCUGAAACUUCUGGCCUCGGAUCGACCCAUGAACAGGUUCCAGUUGAACAGGAAGGGUAAAACAUGGAGAGACUCCUUCCUGGUGGAGAGGGGGAAGCCUCCGCAUAAGAGAGCCGAUGGGAAGGAAAUGGCCCAGGAGGAAAACUUCCUGCCAAAAUACCAGAGGGUGAAGGACUUGUGCCAGAAAGCAGAAUAUCAAACUUCAUGCCAACAACCGGGACAGAAGUGGCAGUGUGUGGAGGAUCCGACGGGCAAGCUGAGGCUGUAUAAGUGUAAAGGCAUGGCGGGUCUGUUUGCCCCUCGCAUGCAGGCUCUGAUGGCCAGCAGUCCCUCUACCAUGUCUGUCACCUCAAACUUUGACGACUGUAACUGCGCCGACGGGGGGCUCAAAAUGUCUGUCCUUAAGAAGAAGAGACUCCUAAACAAAAAGAAGAUUAAGUCCAGUAAGGCCGAGACCAGGAAGCGCUGGGCGCGCUCCGUCUCGUUCGAGCUGGAUGGAGAUCUGUACGCCGUCGACUUGGAGGAGGGCUACAGGCCCCUGGGAUCCGGGAACGCCAGCUGGACCAGAGACAGGUGGAGAGGCGCGGCCGCCAGAGACGACGGCGAAGAAUUCAGCGGAAUGGGAGUCACAGCCAAGCCAACCACCCGUGACAAGCUCACACCACCUGCUGCUUUGAAAGUCACCUACAGAUGCUCGAUCCUCAUGAACGACACCGUGAAGUGUGACGGGGGCCUCUACAAGUCCCUUCAAGCGUGGAAGGACCACAAACUGCACAUUGAGCACGAGAUUGAAACCUUGCAGACCAAAAUCAAGAACUUGCGCGAGGUGAAAGGUCACCUGAAGAAGGUGCGGCCAGAGGAAUGCCAGUGCAACGCGCCCAGUGAUCUUCUCAAGAAUAAGGAGGCUUAUCUGCUAAACGUGGAGCAAAUGCACUCUCUCAGAAUGCCAUCCAAGCAGAAGACUCAGUGGCUGCAGAAGGAGCAGAAGCGGCGAAAAAAACUGCGCAAAUUCCUGAAGCGGCUCCAGAACAACGACACCUGCAGCAUGCCUGGCCUGACCUGCUUCACACACGACAAUCAUCACUGGCAGACCGCCCCCUUCUGGACGAUGGGUCCGUUCUGUGCGUGCACCAGUGCCAACAACAACACAUACUGGUGCCUGAGGACCAUCAAUGACACACACAAUUUCCUGUUCUGUGAAUUUGCCACCGGGUUCAUGGAAUACUUUGACCUCAGUACUGACCCCUACCAGCUGAUAAAUGCUGUCAGCACUCUGGAUCGCAACGCGCUCAACUCAAUGCAUCAACAGCUUAUGGGCUUGAGGAGCUGCAAGGGCCACAAGCAGUGCAACCCGGAAAAGGGGGGAAAGGAGAGAAGCCACAUCAGUGAAUACAGGCCAGUUCAUCGUCGAAAGAGGCCAAAAAUGAAGAAGCCCUCGUCCAAGUCGCUAGGACAGAUUUGGGAAGGAUGGGUUGGGUAACCACCUGCAGCCCCAAACCACCCCAGUCUCCUCCAGCAGAGGACGGAGCAUGGAGGCUAUACACAGACCUAAGGACCUUGACCACACUUCGCUGAACCAUGAACUUGAGAUACUAUUCAUCUCUAAACCAGGUUUAGUUUUUGGGAGAGCUGCUCUUUGUUGCCUUUGUGUAAAUGAGACACUAAGACUGAAGAAGCUAAGAAAACUUCUUAAGUUAUCUGCAUCGGAAAACAUCUCAUAAUCAUUUGCAUUCGGGUCAGUUUGGUGUCCAGAAGCCGUCCAGUUUUGUCAGCAAUCCUUGUAGAUAACAUUCAGAAUAUCGCUUUAAUCUGCUUUCUUUGGCGGGAAACGGGACCGGGAUGGAAACGCGAUGAGCUACGCUUCGACUCUGCUGCUACACGAUGACAUCACGGCCUCGUCACGUCCCCCUGGCGCGUGCUGACGAGGAACCGGACGAACAUAUUUACCGCACCGACGUGUUUGCACCUGGAAGUGAUGUGAACUUUCCAACAACGAACUGUAAAUCAAAACAAACAAAAAAAACUAAAAAAAAAAAAACAAAACAACUCCUCGCCAUAAUCUGUUGUGGUGUAGUUGAUUUUUAACACUGAUGAAUGUCUUUUAUGAGGAAUCAUCUCCCUCACAGCCGUGAGAUGUGACGUGACCAGACUUUUCUUUCACAAUCAUUCGACCACCUACACAGAAAACCCUUGAAUAGGCCUUCACUGAACACUCCCUCACAGUUAGAACUGAAGGAUUUUUGACCGCCGAUCACGAAGUUACUCCUUUGUUCCACACUUUAGAGGUUUCUAUAUAGUUCCUUUAGCUUGCUAUACAUGGUGCUACUGGAUAACAACACGGACUUACACCUUUGCUGUACAGUACAGUAUGUAUUUGAAUGUAUGUCGUGCAAUUAAUAUAAAUGUUUACAAUAUUUUUUAUAAUACUUAAGAGGCAGACCUCAAUGUACAAGUUGACAAAAAUGAACGUAUCGGGUAAGAAGCGGCUUCAGAAAUCCCAUGAUUUGUAUGUUUGUCCUUAUUUACAUGAGAAAAGCACUUAAAGGAUUCACUGUGAUGAGAUGUACAAUUAUCAAUACAUAGUCUACUCUGUGCCAGAGGGGGGAGAGGGGGAAUCAAUUUAAUAUUACUUGCUGUGAAGUACUUGCUUUUCGUUAGAUCAUGUUUUGUUUUUCUUUGUAAACAUUUCCAUUGACCUAGCUAGAGCUGAUAGUAAUUGUGGAUAAUAAAGUGUCUUGUUUGAAAUAAAAAAAAAUGGCAUGCA